CGUCAGAGAUGACUGACCAAUCGCUGCGCAGAGCGCGGAGUUCUUCUCACAGCGGAGAAAACAUGGCGGAGAAAGACGCAGAAACUGGCUUCAAAAAGGAGACAGUAAGCAAACUGUUGUCAAGUUUCUUCAAGGAGGACAAAACCAGACUUAGUGGUGAUGCCACACUGCUCAUGGCAGAGAUGCUAAAGAUAUUUGUCCAAGAGGCUGCUGUGAGAUCACAGAAACAAGCUGAGACUGAAGACUGCGACGAAGUAGACAUCGAGCACUUUGAAAAGAUCCUGCCUCAGCUGCUGUUGGACUUCUAGCACGGUGAUGCCACAAGAUGGAGCCAGAGUGUUUCCUGCCUGCCUGUUCCUGCUUAAAUCCUUCACCUUCCAAUUCCAACAUGUUUAUUUUUUCUGCAUAAAUGCAAUUUCCAUAAUCACUCAAGUCUGAGAUUACAUUAAGAUUUUUCAUUCUGUAUGUAUUUUGAGUCGUGUGAUUUUAAGUAGAAAGCAGCGGCGCUGUCCAAACGCCUCCAUGCCACCACCAAUAGAGCCCACCUGUGCUCCUCUGUGCAACAACAGGUGCUUCCAGCAUGCUCCAUGGUGCCCUUCAUCAAAGCCUCCUGGAGCAGUUGGAAGCAAUUAGAGUAAUAAGGGGAGCAGCCAGUCCCUUAGAUGAUGACAAGUGCCAGGAAAAAAGGAGUACCCCCUCCGGCCACUUUGAAGUUCCCUUUUGCUGUCCUGCGAUGUUUAGUUAGAGGUGGGGGGAAGGGCAAAGGGGACCUCUGGCACAGGGGGGAAAGUUGAAUGGGAGUGUGCGUGCACGGACGUGUGCACGUGUUAGCCAAACACGGCCAGAGACCACACGCGUAGAUAUUCUGUUUGAAAGGAAACAUAACAAAACACAUUGGAACAUGGUCCAAGAGGAGCAGGGUGUAAUUCUGAAGGUAAAUAAACAAAAAGAGGCGAGUAGUAGAGGUGCUUUCUCUCCUUUCACCACAGCAGUGGGGGGGAAGUCGGGCCUACAAGGGAGAGGGUAAUGUGGGGUUUUCUAACCCUCAGUGCCUCAGAUGGUUUUCCACCAGUGGUGUAUUUGACCAACAUGUCUUCGCUAUGAGUCAGCAUAGCUGUACAACACCUCACACUAUUUAUUUGUGUGGCUCUCGAGUGACUCACGAUACGCUUACAAACGCCGCUCACAUGCAGCUGGAAGCAACUUAAAGUCAGUCAGAUAGGUGCUGGAGGACGCAGCACCUGGAAUUUGACCCAGCACCUUUUUUUAGUAGGGCCCAGACUGGAUUUGUGUUUCCCAGGAGAAACUUCCACAGCAGGCCUUGAAGGAGAAGGUGUGUUUGGUUGAGUGAAGUUUAUUUUAAUGAUGCCACGAGGACAGGGUUAAUAAUUACAGUCAAUCACAGCGAGCAAGUCCUGCCCUCUAGUUUUGAGUAGUACAGUAAACUGCACAUCCUCCGCUUUGACAGCAAGAUGAAAUUAUUUUAUUACCAGAUAUGACGCCAAAUAAUCUUGCUGCAAAAGUACAAUACAUCCUUAUUUCCACAAUAAGAAACACAUUGGUAAAUGUGCCUUUCUGGAGAUUUAUUACAGAUGUAAUGGAUCUCAAUCUUGCAGUUUAAAUAAAAACAAUUACUCUGUUGGA